UCUAAGGGAAAGAAAAUGUUUGGUAGGGUGGAGAUGUUGAAGCUAAAGUCAAUAGUAGGAUUAGCAAAGGUGGGAGGAAUAGUGUUUUGUAUGGGCGGUUUGUUGGUUUUGGUGUUCUACAAAGGCCCUCAACUCACAUUCUUUAACAAUCACCACCUUUUUUCUAUACAAAAACAUCAUCAAAAUCCACUUCAUGUUGCUUCAACCCAAACUUGGAUUAAGGGUUGCUUCCUAAUGAUGGCUUCAAAUACCUUGUGGGCUUUAUCACUUGUUCUUCAGGCAUUUGUACUGAAAUGUUAUCCUUCGACACUUCUAUUCACUAGUCUUCAAUGCCUUGUUAGCUCGUUUCAAUCGUUCGUUAUUGCCAUUGCUUUGGAGAGAAACCUUGACGAAUGGAAAUUGUCUUGGAAUCUUAGACUUCUUUCGGUCGCAUAUUGUGGAAUAGUGGCAACUGGGGUUACAUAUUCUCUUCAAACAUGGGUCAUUAAGAAGAAAGGACCAGUUUUUUUAGCCAUGUCAACGCCAAUUAUUCUGGUCAUUACAACUAUUUCUUCUGCCGUUCUUCUUGGCGAGAGUAUCAGCCUUGGAAGUGGUAUAGGAGGGCUCUUAUUGAUCGCAGGUCUGUACAGUGUGCUAUGGGGAAAGAGCAAAGAGCUGAAACUCAAUUUAGGGCUAAAAGAAAUAGACAGAGAAUGCAGUUUGCCAGUGAAAGGAAGCGACACAACUAAAUCAUGA